AUGUCACUCUCCCCUCUCUCUCUUCUUCAUCAUCUCUCUCCAUCAGCAACCCCUACUCCCCUCUCCCUGUCUCUAAGUAACAACCCCAUUGCCCCUUUCUCUCACCACCCUUUUGUAACUAUUGGCAACCCACCGCCAAACAGCCCUCCUAGAUAUAUCUCCAUCUCAUCCUCUCCUUUCCUCCCUUUCCCUCUCCUCUCUGCUCAAACCCCCUCUUCCCAGGCUCUCCUCACUGCGACCAACGACGACAUCAAAGCCACACCCCUUCCUACACAUAAAGACGAUCCCACCAUGAUUAUUGAAUCUCUAGCCGUUAGUUAUUCCUAUGGUUUGAGUG